CCUGGCAACAUUGCGCUGUCAAACCAGUACAGAUUUGAGCAGAACAUCCGCCGGUUGCAAAAGGAAUGUGGAUGUGAUCCGGCCAGAGAGGACUCAUAUAGGAUUCAAGGUGUUCAGCUGAUCGAUUCCGUCCGCCAGGCUCUGCGCCUGCCCGUUAAGACCUUCACGACUGCUUGCACGUACUAUCACCUUUUUCGCCUCUGUCACCGCGACGCAGAGUACAACUACCAAGAUGCCUCCCUUGCCGCCCUAUUUAUGGCAUGCAAGGUGGAGGACACGAUCAAGAAGUCGAAGGAAAUUCUCUGCGCAGCCAACAAUAUUAAAAACCCAGACCAUCCUGCAUCCCAAGACGAUAAGUCCUUCGAAAGCCCGCACAAGAUUCUCAUCGGUCUGGAGCGGCACAUCCUCGAAACCAUCGGCUUCGAUUUCCGAGCUCGUUAUCCACAAAAAGUUCUAGUUAAGAUGGUGCGCUACGUGUAUCACCCCGAUGUUGCUCGAGAAGUCAUUCCCAUGGCCUACGAUAUAUCGAUCGACAUGUACAAGACAUUUGCGCCCAUCAAGGCCUCGACCUUCACCAUGGUGCUGGCCAUCAUCGAGCUGGCGGGCCUUCUGAACGGCCGGGACGUUGCCAAGAUACGCUCUCUCGAUCUUGACAAAUACCAUACCAACCGUACCAGCAUCCUAGAAGUGAUGCUGGAUCUGUUGGAUUUAUAUACCCAGUUCAGCAAGUACACCGACGUCGGCAUGAGAUUUGAGCUGUCCAAGUUCAUCGACAUCAAGAUCAAGCUCAAUCAGGAGCUCGAAAAGGACGGGUCUUCACUGCGCCGUUUUGACAUCUGGUGUGAGAGGUGCGACGAUGACGAGAAGAUCAAGUACCCCAUCACGCCGGGCUCUGCCACGUCUCCUGCGAUUUCGGGAUCAUGGCCCGGUGGAAAGCUGUCCAAAUCGGGAGAAGAGACACCAACAAUGCGCUUUGUGUACGACGUGGAAGAGGCAAGGAGGGAGAGGGACACCAACAAUGAGUAUAUCAAGGAGGAAUACGAGGAUUACGAGAUCGAG